UUAUUUUUUUUUUUUAAUGUGUCUGUGUUCCCAGUAGCUGCAGCAGCGGAAGACUGUGAUUGGCCCCAGUGCUCCUAGAAAGAGUUGGGCUGAGCCAGAGGGAACAGAACUAGAGGAUUCCCUUUCUAGGGACCAUCAGGCUGUUCCAGUCUUAUCUUUCCUUUCUCCCUUCCUGGGUGCUCAGGAACUCAGAGUGGUUCCAGCAGCCCAUAAAUAGGCCUCAACACUUAGUGUCAUCGCUCUAUACCUUUGGCCUUUGAGCAAAGUAAACAAAAACUUAGGAGCCCCAAAUACAUGGUACUUCUUGAGAUCUAUGAUAUUAUUUCAUAUACUAAGGUUGAACUCUCUGAUUUUCCCCCCUUACAUUCAGGAUCAAUUGUGAAAAGGCCCUUGUGUUUCAUAGAAAAAUAUUGCAACAAAACAAGAUAAUUGGGGGGAAAGGCUUUUGCAGUAGGAAAAGUGGCUUUUCUUUGAUAGCAUUUAAUUGGAGUUAAAAGAUUCUUGAGCUGUAAACAUUCUUUAUUUAUUCAGCACACAUAAGCAGGCAUUGUUUUAUUACCAUCAUAAUUAUGGUGUCCUUUAAACUGGCUGAUAGCAGGAAAGAUAAGGGAAUGUGCCUACAGAUUCAGAUCAGUCUCAAGCCUUUCUUUUCCUUACCUUCUCUUCCCUGUCUUCUACCCUCCCCCCACCCCCAUUCUUUCCUUGGUCACUAGGGUCCCCCACAGCCCUUGAGAUGAGAAGAGCUGGAAGAUUGUGGCCUAACCAUUUCUUACAUCAUGAAAGUGAUUUGCACCACACUCUAAUUUGAUGCAAUCCAUAACCUUCUUGUCUCCAAUGUUUAUAACGGGUUUUAAGCUUGCAAUAUGUGUUAGCUGAAGAGUUGUCUUCAGCUCACCUGUAUAAAAAUCUCAUCCAGGAAGGCUUCCUGCUUUACCUUUGUCUAAUUUAGAAAGCACACUCUUAGGGCUUUUUCACAACAAAGCCUCACAAAAACUCCUUUACCUCCAAGGAUUUGCAAAUUUAUAAAGGCUGCAUUGAAUUCAAGAUGGGUCAGGGGGCAAAAAAAGGGUAGAAGGUCACUGCAUUUUGAUUAUGGGUCAGUAGACAACAUGGCAUAUACUCUGUGUCUCAAACUUGUGUUAAAGACAGGAUUUUUAAAUGCCUAAGAACAGAAGGAUGAGUCCAUUGAGCGACUUGCCCUGAUAUAUUUGAAUGAGACAAAAAGAAAAAAAUGUUAUAAUUUAAGUUGUUUCUCUUCCUCUAGUCCCAUUUUCCCUUCCCCAAAAGAAGAGAUGUGACAUGAGAUAAGUAACUAAGCAACGGUUUAGAUUUUAUUGUCUUAAAUCCCCAACUAAUUCAGCCAUGUAAGACUUUUAAGUUAUUAUUUUAGAUUUCAUAUAACAAAUAUUACAGUUACUUUUGGUUAGCAGUAUAAGUGACUUCUUUUAUUCUUCUAACCAUUAGGCCUUUAUGAUAUUCCCUGCUUUUUCCUCUCUGAAUUCACUUCAAAAUAUGCCCAGCAAUCACUAAAACAAAUAUGGUAUAUGGUAAAGUUAGGUGGUGUUGGGGGGUGGGGGCUGAUCCUCAUUUAAAUUAUGUAUGUAUGGGUGAGAGCUUGGAAAGAAAAGGAUUAUUUUAAUGCUCUUCAAUACUUUAAUUAUAUGACAGUUGUAGUGUAGAAAUGCAAAAGUACUCUUAGGUUUUCCUUCAGGUUUUCAAAAGAACUUUCCCCAUUAGUAAACUACUCCUGCAAAUUGCUAUUGCAUUUCCCAGCUAACCAUUUAAAAGACUGUAAAUGCCGUGUGCAUUACUUUGCUCCAGAGGAAAGAGGUCAGACUGAAUUGCUAUGGUAUUUAAACAUAAAAUACGGUGAAAAUAAAUCAAAAUAGAACAUCUGCAGGUAAAUUUAGCACAUUCAUAUGGGAUAAGUAAAGACAAAUAUGUUCAGAUCUUCAUAGCCCAUCACUUUAAAAACUGAAAGUGCUGAUUUCUUACAAUAAAUGCAGAAGUAAGUGGACAUUAUGAAUAUAUUUCAGUCUGUAUUUCUAUAGAGGAUUUUCCUCCAGCAAGGAGCUUUGUUUUCAAAGAUACAUUUUAGGAUAGCAUAAAGAUUAUACUCUCUUUGCCAUGUAAAGGCUCACAUUUCAUUUAAAAAAAACUCAAUGCAUAUCAUAUAUAUAAUUUCUAAAUUCACAAUAAUCAAAGAUAGAUACAUGUAAAUAUGAAUGCUAAUUUGAGUAUCCCCAUCCACAUACAUGCAUGUAUUUGAGAAAGAUAGAACUUGAUAUAUCCUUUCUUUAAAAAGAAUUUGAAUACGGCCCAUCAUCUGAAUUGGGUUCAUCUUUGAUUGUAGAGGUGGCUGACAUGGUCAACAAAUUUAUCAAAGAAACCCCCUAGCUUUUGAAGAAUAGUACUUUAUACAUCUGGAUCUGCACAUCCAGGAAAAGUAAGUAAAUUAUUGCAUAACUUUAAGCAUAAUUGAUAACAGACACCUUUAAUUUUUCAUCCCCAUUCUUUUGGCCCGCUUUCGCAUUAAUAAUCUAAGCCAUAAAUGUUGGUAGCUAUUGAUCGAAAUCCCCGGUGUGCAUGCAAAUCCAUCUUAAAGUCCCCUGCCUUUCAUGUGUGAGCGCUCAGGGGCCUCUGCUAGAUCUUUUUAUCGGGAUUGCCCCCCAAUGUGGCUGGAGAAGACCCCGGAUAUGCAACGUGUGCUGAUGGCCACAAGAAAGCUGUCUGUCACAUUCUGUGUGUGUGUGUGUGUGUACAUGCAAGAGCAUCAGUGCCAAAGCCUUAACACACACACACACACACACACACACACACACAGAUGGGGAAGUUAAAGGAACAAAAGAAUGUAUUAGACAAGGAUAUGUAAUGGUAGUAUUAAAAAUGUAUAAGUGUAAAGGUGUCUGUGUGCACAUACACACUAAAUAAAUAGUAUAAAUAUGUGUGUAUACACACAUAAAACACACACUCAUUUCCUAAAUCUUUUGACCUUUGUUUUUAUUGAUCCAAAGAUUUUUAUCUUUAGUUUUUAAAAUACUUAAUGUUAUACUAGUUUUCAAAAACACCUAUAUUGCCAGUGUUUUAAAGGUGGAAAGGAAAGAAGGUAAAUUUGAAAUGGUUACUAUAUCACAUUGCUAUGUGGAGGAGGAAGAGGAGGAAGAGAAAGAGGAGGAGGAAGAAGAAGAAGAAGAAGAGAGAGAGAGAGAGAGACCCCCUCAAAGAUCUGAACAGGAAUCAAGAAAGGCUCAGAAAUAUCCGUUUAUUCUUUAACCACACGGAUGUGUCUAUUUUUGGAGGAAGAAGGAAAUAUAUAAAUGCUUGGGUCACAUUUAUGCUGUAAGCUGCUAACACCGAACACUUAAAGAUUCUGCCGAAUUCUGCAGAGCAGCCAACCCACCGCCUUGGGAUCUUGGUAAUUCAAGUGGGAAGACCCUGGUUCUCAUUUGGCAAUAUUUUGGAUAUCCUUGAAAAUGACAGCAAACUAUGCCUUAAUUUGACUUAAGAAGAGGUCAAGCCAUAUAGAUAUUCAACCAAAGUCAUUUUGUCUAAGCAGAUGAUUGGCUUUCAUGGAAUUAAAAAAAAAAAAGGCAAUUGUGGAAGAUUCCCCUAAACUACCAGCCAAACCAUCACAGACCACGGAAAUAGUCUGUAUCAGACAUCAAGACUUUCUUCUCAUCAUUACUACAUAAAAACCUCUGGAAGCACCUUGGGCGUUCUACAUUUUCUUUUCUUUGCUACAGAAAAAAAAAAAAAGUAAUCUGCUGCCUGCAAUUCUGAUCUGUGGUGAACAAGAUCCUGAGGAAGGCUGUACAGGAGACUCUAGGAAGAUCCUACCUCCAAUCCAGCCUGGUUAAUUGUGGAAAGUGUACACAUUUCUGGCUUAUCUAUGCUUUGUUAUGAGUCUGACGAGAACCUACCUCCUUCCCACCCUACUCCCCCCAGCAGAGAACCUAAAUCCAGUUGAAUUGUGACAGUGUUUAGAAGCUGGAGCCUUGAACUGCUUGCUUGGUCAAAUAACUUUGUAUCUGGUUGUAAAAAGGCAUUUCAGAGGGGGGAGGAAAAAAAAAAGGAAAAUCGAGAGAAAUUCCAAACGUAAGUCUGUACUGGGGUGGUUCAACGGGCGUGUAACUUUGGAGCUCCCAGUCGGUCUCCUUCCCCACUCCCAUAAGGGAAAUACCAGGCUAUUCUGCACAUUUUCGCUUAAGCUCCAUUUUCCAAAGGAAAAGGGGGUGGGGUAUAUGUAUUUGGACUUGAUAAUGUUUUUUUAAAUGCUUUUGUUUGAAACGAUAAUAGCUGCAUUGGUAAAAAAUGCAAAUAAAGCAAAAAUAGGCAAUAUUUCUUUAAAGGGAAUAUACAGUGGCUUCUUUUUUUUUUUUUUUUUUAAAGCGUACACACACUGCUUCUUUUGAAGUCUGUGAGUCAGGCUGUUUCUGAGCUCCGAUAGUUUAAUGGAAAGAUUUAUAUACCGACUGUAUUAUUUACUUUGGGAGGGGAGGUGGCAGUAUAAGGGUAUGCUAAUUAGUAGGAGAUUUUGGGGGGAAGGGGUGGAAUAUCAAUUUUUAUUGCAUCACCUGUCAGGAGUGUCCAAUCAGCGUUGGCUUUAGGGGAAUUAAUUGAUGAAGGUGUCUCCGGACGAGCUCACUUCACUCUGUCAUUUUAUUUGUAGCUAAAGCAGCGGCGGGAAUAGCAGCUGCAUUUCUUUUCUCUUUCUCCCUUCACAUUCCAUUAUCAUAGUGCUCCAAUGGAGAAAGAAGGAAUAGAGCGGCCCAGGUACUGAUCUGCCUGGAGGACUUAGACCAACACACUGGCAGAUCAGAAACCGGAUGGUUUUUUUCCCUCUUUUGCAAAAAAACGAAAACCAAAAAAAAGAGCAAGAAUCAACAGGAUGCCUUGAGCCACCCGCAGCAUCUGGCGGAGGAUUAACAUACAUACAUGUGUAUGUAUGCGUCACGUAUAUAUUUACUGCAAAUGGUGGGGACCAUUUAGUGCCCGAGAUGGGAGACCUGAAGUCAGGUUUUGAAGAGGUGGAUGGCGUGAGGCUCGGCUACCUCAUCAUUAAAGGAAAGCAAAUGUUUGCCCUCUCCCAAGUCUUCACCGAUCUGCUGAAAAACAUCCCGAGGACCACCGUGCACAAGCGCAUGGAUCAUCUGAAAGUGAAAAAGCACCACUGCGAUCUGGAGGAGUUGCGGAAACUCAAGGCCAUCAACAGCAUCGCCUUCCACGCCGCCAAAUGCACGCUCAUCUCCCGGGAAGACGUGGAAGCUCUGUAUACCUCGUGUAAAACCGAGCGAGUCCUCAAGACCAAGCGCCGCAGGGUCGGCCGGGCCCUGGCCACAAAGGCGCCGCCGCCGGAGCGCGCCGCCGCCACCGCCGCCGCCAGCCCCCGCGCGGGUUUUUGGAAGGACGAGCACCAACUUUGGCGGGGCCUGAGCGGAGCCGCGCGGCCCCUGCCAAUCAGCGCUCAGUCCCCGCGCCCCGGCGCCGCCGCCGCCGCGCGCCCCGCCGCCCAUCUACCUCAGAUUUUCAGCAAAUAUCCGGGCUCCCACUACCCGGAAAUCGUGCGAUCGCCUUGCAAGCCCCCUCUAAACUAUGAAACUGCCCCGCUCCAGGGAAACUACGUCGCCUUCCACUCGGACCCGGCCUACUUUCGGAGCCUGUUGUGCAGCAAGAACCCCGCCGCCGCCGCCGCCGCCGCCGCUGCCGCCGCCGCCGCCGCCGCCGCCGCUGCCGCCGCCGCCGCCGCCUACUACCAGGCUUCGGCGGCCGGGCCCCAGCCCAAGGCGGCGGCGGCGGCGGCGGCGGCGGCGGUGGCGGCGGGCGCCGGGGCCCCGGUGAGCCUGACCUACCGGUGCAAGCGCAAGCGCGGGGGCGCCAAGGACUGCCUGCUCGCGCCCCACGCCGGCGCCCGCCGCCUGCUGCUGCUGCCCAGGUCCUACAAAGCCAAGGCGGCGGCGGCAGCGGCGGCGGCGGCGGCGGCGGCGGCCGCCGGGGCGACGUGCCUGGAGAGGUUCCAUCUGGUGAACGGCUUCUGCCCGCCUCCCCACCACCAUCACCACCACCACCACCAUCACCACCACCACCACCACCACCGGGCCCAGCCGCCGCCGCCGCCGCCGCCGCCCAGUCACCACCCCCCUCACCACCGCCGGCCGCAGCCCCAUCUGGGCAGCUUUCCCGAGAGUUGCAGCAGCGACUCCGAGUCCAGCUCCUACUCGGACCACGCAGCCAACGACUCGGAUUUUGGCUCCAGUUUAUCCAGCUCCAGCAACUCUGUGUCCUCGGAGGAAGAGGAGGAGGAGGAGGAGGAGGAGGAAGGAGAGGAGGAGGAAGAGGAGGAGGAAGAGGAGGAAGAGGGGGGCAGCGGGGCGUCGGAUUCCAGUGAAGUCAGCUCGGAGGAGGAGGAAGAGGAGGAGGAGGAGGAGGAGGAGGAGGACUCGUCCACCGAGUCGGACUCGAGCUCCGGCUCCAGCCAAGUGUCAGUGCAGAGCAUCCGGUUCAGGCGCACCAGUUUCUGCAAGCCUCCCAGCGUGCAGGCGCAGGCCAACUUCUUGUACCAUCUGGCCUCCGCCGCCGCCGCCACCAAACCCGCUGCUUUCGAGGAUGCCGGCAGACUUCCCGACCUCCGGAGUGGAGUCAAAGCCGAGUCGCCCGAGGAGUGGAAUCUGCAGAGCUGGGCCCCCAAAGCGUCUCCGGUGUACUGCCCGGCCAGCCUGGGGACUUGUUUCCCAGAGAUAAGGAACGAUAGGGUAUCUGAGAUCACAUUCCCACACUCGGAAAUUUCCAGUACUGUAAAGAGAACUGACCUGACAAUUAACUGCCUGGCAGAGGGGGCCUCUUCACCUAGCCCAAAGACAAACAAUGCAUUUCCACAACAAAGAAUACUCCGAGAGGCUAGGAAAUGCCUACCAGCAACUCCUACUACACACUGUGCAGAUAACAGCACAAUAGCUGCUAGGUUCUUAAAUAAUGAUUCUUCAGGAGCAGCAGCUAAUUCAGAAAAAGAUUCCAAACUCCCUCAUUGUCCCGCAUUUGCUACGGGUUUGCCCUCUUCUCAAACUGAUCCUGAAGUGGAGGCAGCUGUAGGAGCAGCAGCUGGUGCUGCUGCUGCUGCUAAAGCAGAGAAUCCCUGCUCUGACGCGGGCGACAAGACAUUGCCAUUUCUGCACAAUAUUAAAAUCAAAGUAGAAGACAGUAGUGCUAAUGAAGAAUAUGAACCUGAUCUUAUCACAAAUAAGCUAAAGUGCGAGUGCAAUGAUACAAAGGGUGAAUUUUACAGUGUGACUGAAAAUAAAGAGGAGGACGCCUUGUUAACCACAGCCAAGGAAGGUUUUGCAUGCCCUGAGAAAGAAGCUCCUUCCUUGAAUCCACUGGCUCAAAGUCAGGGCCUUUCAUGCACUUUAGGUUCUCCAAAACCUGAGGAUGGGGAAUAUAAAUUUGGUGCCAGGGUGAGGAAAAAUUACCGGACACUAGUACUGGGAAAACGACCUGUCCUUCAGACUCCUCCAGUCAAACCAAAUUUGAAAUCAGCUAGAAGCCCUCGUCCUACAGGUAAAACUGAGACACAUGAAGGAACACUGGAUGACUUUACAGUUAUAAACAGACGCAAAAAGGUAGCCAACAAUGUAGCAUCAGCAGUGAAAAGGCCAUUUAAUUUCAUGGCAAAUUUUCCUUGUCCACCAUCACUCAUUAUUGGGGAAGAUGGGGAUUUGUGGCCUGCAUAUUCCUUAAACACCACUAAGGAUUCCCAAACUCCUCACAAGGCCCAUCCUAUAUGGAAAUGGCAGCUGGGCGGUUCUGCAAUACCUCUUCCACCUAGUCACAAAUUCAGGAAAUUUAAUUCAUAAAGAUGUUUUGGAAGAUAUUUUCUUGAACCAUAUUACCUUCCUUUUGUUGUAAACUGCACAGGAUGGUUGGUACAAGUCCAUUAAUGGUGUUACACCCCCUUUGGAGUCCUGGUUUAUCGCAUUUUGAAGACAGAAAUCGGAUUACUUUUUUUUUUCAUUGCGGUUUUUUUUUUUUUUUUUGGAGCAGGGUGGGGGCGGGGUGGGAGAAGGGUUGGUUUACAUACCACAGACUACUUCAGGCUAAAGACUCAAGUAAAACUCAGUUAUGAUGGUAGAGCUGGAACACUUUACUGUUUCAAUGCUAAUAAUGCACCGGUACCUCAAUUCAACUGCUACAAAUAAAUGUCAAAAGGUUGAAUAAUAAAUAUUACAAUGAGCCAUUAAGUUUAUGCACUAGAUUUCAGAUUUCAGACCUGGAAGUGUAACUGUUAAUUCAGUGAAAGUUUGUUAGGUUACAUGGUUACACAGUGAGGUAGCACGAAGUUUCUGUGAGCCCAAAAUGUAAUUUUCUGGAGCUCUUGUUUGUGGGGUGUCUUUUUCUUUUUACUCCUCUUAUUCCCUCUCCAGGAGUAGUUGCACUUAACUUCUUGUUGUUAUGUGGGUUUGUUUUAUUUUUGUUGGGCUUUUUUUUUUUUUAAUGGGAAGAAGGGGUGUGAAUCUUGAUUGAAUGCUGAUUUUUAAAGAAAAGCUGCCUCACAUAUAAUAACUAAGAGAAAUAUGGCAUUGUAUUUUUUUAAGGAUGUGCUUUUACUUUUACAGCCACUCCUUGCAAUUGGAAAAGUCCUUUUUGUGUUCUCACCCAAACAUCUUAAAUAAGAUGACUGUUACUUUUUUUCCUGCCCAUCUUGUGGUCUGAACAUGACUCUUCAAACUUUCAAAACAAUGAAAAUAUAUCUCUUACUAGCAGGAUAUUUUAUGAUCUAACUCUUCAUAGUGACAAAGCCGUAAAUACAAACAAGAAAAAGAAGGGUUAGAGUUGUAAUAUUCCAAAUUGAAAAAAAAAAAAAGUUAUUUCAGGUCUUUUUUGGUACCAGAACUCAGGCACUUGGAUCCUAUUACCUUAUUCUUUUUUCUGCAUCUCUCUCAAACUUCUGUCUUCAGACCAUCCUGUGCAUAGAGCAGGAGAGUUUCUACUGCAAGUGACAAUCAGAGGUGACUAUCUAUAUUUGCACUUAAAAUCAAAGUAGUUCAACAUGCAAAUGGCUAGGGUCUAGCCCUUGGUAAGGGCCAUGCUGGUAUACUGUGUUGUGAUGAUGAGAGCAGUAAAUCAAAAUUAUGGAAAUUUGCACUGUUGAAAAGCAUGCUUUAGCUUUAUUUUCAAUUAAAAACACUGUUUAAAAUUCCUGGUUCUAUACAUUUCUACUUAUUCCAGAUUCAAGAAUGGUUAACAGGAAUGAAUGGUUUUGUUGACAUUUUCACUUGUAAUGGUUUUGUCUAAAAGAAAUGCAUUUAAUGGGCCCAGUGUUUUGUUGUAAUACUUUGCAAUGAGGGCUGGUCAGGUUCUGUCCAUUUCUGUGGUGGAUUUUUUUUUUUUUUGCCCCCAAAUAACAAGAAAACUUUACAAACUUUGUUACAAAUCAAGGUCUAGAAGGUUCAGAUUUGUGAAAGUGAAGCAGAUAUAAGUUGCUGUUGUUGUUUUAAUUGAAAGUUGAAUCUAAUAAUUUUAGGACCACCAAUUAUGUAUCUCAGAUCCUUGCCAUCUUGAAUCUAAGAAGUUGCAUCUAUAGAUCAUAAAUCACAAAGCAAAACAAGGCACCACUGAGAUGUGAUUAAGUCACUAUUUCUCAUGGAAAUUCAGCCUAUCUUCCCUCUUAACCUUUUAAUUCCUGCAGCCUUUGAAAUUUUCCUUUUGUCUAUAAAUGUUGCAGAAAGAUCUGGAUGGUCUCAGCUCUAAUUGCUGUGUAUACUCUGUGGUUUUCCUCUUGUUUUAAAGGACAGAGGCCCAGUAUACCUGCAUCCAAAUAUACUUGGAUGGAGUAAACAGAUGCUUUGAACUGCCUCCCUUCCUUUCCUUCUUGAAUGUUGCCAGAUGUAGGGUCACUGGAUCAUUUUAUAUUGGAAUGGUAGAUAUGGUCAAAGCAAAAAUUUGGGAGAUGUUAUCCUUGAAUUCAUGUUUGUAUACAAUUCCAAAGACCAGCCCAUGUUUCAGUUUAAAAAUCUCAGAAAGCUAAACGAUUGGCUUUGUAGUCUCAGAUCUUUCCUCUUUUGAAGGCAAUAUACAAUUUAGAUACAGUGACUUGUCCUGGAAAACCAAUCUAUAAAAAGUGUGACACACAUACUAGGCAUCAGUAAUUUCUACUCUAAUCACUGAUAAGACAAAGUUCAGAGGACGAUGACUACUAUAUUUAGAUCAGUACUUUCCUUGUUAGUGUUGGACUCAUUGUCCCUGAAUUAUAAAUUGAGAAUAUAGUUAAAGACUACAGAUACUGGGGGGUGGGGUGUUAUAUGGAAUAAGUACAAAUUAAAACAAAUGUACCCUAUGUAGUGUCUGACAUAAAAUAUCGGCCUCCAACUUUGACACUUGGUCUCCAGACCUCAGAGAAUCAAUAGUUUCAGUUUAUAGGAGCUGGAGAAUGAGCAGUAUGGAGGCCGAGGCAUUCCAGAGUGAUGCCAUCAAAAGGAAAAAAAUUCAAUAGUCAACACUAAUUUCACCCCACAGUACUUCCAGAAACCGGACAACUCCAGCAAAACCUGAGUUGGGCCUUCUGUCAGAAAAGUAUACCAAAAUAGUAUGCAGGGGCUUGCAAAUGCAAGGUAUUCUUUUAAUUCCUGGUACUCCCUCAGCUGUUUUUCCAUCCUGCUGUGGGAAUUAUUCUCAGUAAAGUUUAUUUUAUUUCAGUUGUUUUAUGAUUAAUGACAAUAUCUACAUUUUUUCUAAGCUGCUAUAAAUGUCCCAUUUGUUCAAACGUUAAGUAAGCCUUAUUGAGAGAGAAACAAAAGUUACCUCCGUUGAUAGAUUGCAUUUUUACACCUAAAUGUUUUCAGGGAAUAGAUUUUUUUUAAAGCACUCUAUGGCUCCAGGGUUAGUGAUUCCUGUGUCUAAAUUAGCUCAAUAUUCACAGACAUGAGGAAAAGCCACUUUUUCUGAGAUUCUGGUGAAACAAACUCAUUUUUGGUCUUCUAUAAAAGUAAUUUCCUGAUAAGACUGUGAACUGAAGAUUUAAUUAUUUUUUUAAGAGACACAUGCACUCUCUUCCACAGCCAGGUUAUCUGUCUUUAGAGAAAAGGCAGCUUGCUUCCCCACACACACAGUAUUUACUUUUUACAGUGGGUGUUCCUUUCUACUGGCUUACUUGGUUACAGUGAAGUAAUCUCAAUAAUGGUUGUUUAUUUGAAAAUCAACAAUAAGAAGCCACCACUAAACAGCAAUAAUACAAACUAGAUGGACUGGUGUGUGGAUUUUUAUCUUAUUCGUGUCUGGGUGACUUUUAAUGGUCUAGAAAUUCCUCAAAAGUUCUAGCCAACAAGAAUUGGGUGGGGCGUUUCUGCUGGUAUGAAAAUGAUAGUUUUGUUUGCAUGCAGGAAGAGAUGUAGAAGAAACCAAUUCCUCAAAAGCAUUUUUUUCAAAGAAAAUAAAACCAAGAAUCCUCUAUGGUAAAUUUUUUUCUUCUUAAAGAAUAAAGCGUUAGCAUCUAAAAAAGAAAGAAAAUGUGGUGAGUUUUGCUUCACCUUCAAAACAACUUCCUGUUAUAAAGGAUGUGAAAAGAGGGAUUUCCCAGAGCCCAACUAGAUAGAACUCUGAGUAUGUUGGGGAAGGGAGGGGUGGAAUUAAAAGCUCCCUCUCAACCAACCUCUGAGAAUUGGCAAGAAAGAACUAACUGGGGACCCACCUUAGGGAGUACUCCCUGUUACUGCAC